AUGGCAACCAUCUCGACACCCAUCACUGAGCUUUUCGGGAUCAAGCACCCCAUCCUGCUUGCUGGAAUGAACGUCGCCGCUGGUCCCGAGCUCGCCGCUGCUGUCACCAACGCCGGUGGCCUUGGUGUUAUUGGAGGCAUUGGAUACACACCCAAGAUCCUGCGCCAACAGAUUCAACUCAUCAAGAAGGACCUCAAGGACCCGAAAGCGCCUUUUGGUGUCGACCUUCUCCUCCCUCAAGUCGGUGGAAGCGCUCGCAAGACCAACAGCGACUACACGAAAGGCCAACUCCCCGAGCUCAUCCAAGUGAUCAUCGAGGAGAAAACUACACUGUUCGUCUCUGCUGUCGGUGUCCCACCCAAAUGGGCCGUCGACGAGCUGCACAAGGCCGGCAUCGUUGUCAUGAACAUGGUCGGGCACCCCAAACACGCGCUCAAGGCUCUCGAGGUCGGCGUCGACCUUAUCUGCGCCCAGGCCGGUGAGGGAGGAGGCCACACCGGUGAUAUCCCCGCGAGCAUCCUCAUCCCGGCGGUCGUGGACGCGGUGAAGGGCAGGACGAGCCCGCUGACGGGCAAGCCGGUUUAUGUCAUUGGUGCAGGCGCGGUCUUUGACGGACGGGGUUUGGCUGCGAACUUGUCUUGGGGUGCUCAAGGUGUCUGGGUUGGCACGCGUUUCGUCGCCUCAGUCGAGGCUGGUGCGCCGAAGAUGCACAAGGAGCUCGUCGUAUCGGCCGGCUUCGAGGACGUCGCCCGCACCGUCAUCUUCACCGGCCGCCCUAUGCGCGUGAGGAAGACGCCCUACGUUGCCGACUGGGAAUCCAACCGCCAACAGGAAAUCAAGGAGCUCACCUCCAAGGGUAUCAUCCCGCACUAUAACGAGCUCGAGAAGCACCCCGAGAAGUCUGUCGAGGGCCGCCCGUGGCUCAUGGGCUCCGUCUCCGCCGUCGUCAACGACAUCCUCCCCGCAAAGACGAUCGUGGACAACAUGGUCGCGCAGGCCGUUGAGGUCCUGCAGAGCAAUGCGGCGAAGGUCAAAAUCAGCCCGAAGCUAUGA